UGGCCACCAUAGAAGAUGCCAAAAACAUGAUCCGAGUCCAAUAUGUCACACAGAGUGAAAAUUUUAAUUCUAGCGCUUGGAUUGGGCUUUCAAAUGAUGUCAACAGCUGGCACUGGUCAAUGGGAAAUCAACCACUUGGAAGCUUUUAUACCUGGUUUGGAACAAAUCCUGACAACUGGAAGGGAAAAGAAGCUUGUGUUACAAUAGCACCAUCGGGUUGGUACGAUUGUCCAUGUGCUAACGUGUAUCCUUUUGUCUGCUAUGAUGCCACUAAAAGCACAGGACAAUACAUUUACUACUCUAGUUUAAAGAAUUGGUCUGAUGCUCAAAGUUACUGCAGACAGUAUCACACAGAUCUGGCCAGUGCAAAAACCUCGACAGAGAAUUCAAUCAUCAAAGCAAUGAUCAAAGUCAACACUUGGUUCGGUCUGUUCAGAGAUUCGUGGAAAUGGUCAGAUGGUACCAUUUUUACCAGCAUUCCCAUGAUGCCUGGACAACCAGAUAAUCUCAUGAAGAACGAAAACUGUAUGGCUUUAACGAAUAGUAAAGCAUCUGAUGAGCUUUGCUCAGACAUAAAACCUUUCUUCUGUUACUCCUCAAUCACAGAACGAAAACAAAUCAUUCGAGUCAAACUUCAGGCCAAUUCAGAUGUUAAUGAUCCUUCACUAAAGGAAGCCGUCCUGAAUAAGAUUUGGCAAAAACUCAGUGUUUACUGGAACAUCACUGUGAAAUGGAGAGGAAUCAGACGGAUUGGUGUUUAAAAAGAGAAAAGCAGAUGUGAUGUGAUGUAAAUGUCUUUUGUGUCUCUCAGUAGGCUGUUAAAUGAUAUAGCUAUAUAUAACCGCAUUAGGAGAGAGAAUAUGUUUAGAAAUAUACAGGAGAUAAGGAGGCGGAAGCUGAAGAAAACGCAAACAAAGUUUGAGAAUACUCAGGAGAUAAU